GACGGGAGCCGGCCGGAGCCUCGGUGCGAGCUGCGCGAGCCGGGCCGCGGCCACCAUGUCGGCGCCGUCGGAGGAGGAGGAGUACGCGCGGCUGGUGAUGGAGGCGCAGCCCGAGUGGCUGCGCGCCGAAGUGAAGCGGCUGUCGCACGAGCUGGCCGAGACCACGCGCGAGAAGAUCCAGGCGGCCGAGUACGGGCUGGCGGUGCUGGAGGAGAAGCACCAGCUCAAGCUGCAGUUCGAGGAGCUCGAGGUGGACUACGAGGCCGUCCGCGGCGAGAUGGAGCAGCUCAAGGAGGCCUUCGGACAGGCACACACCAACCACAAGAAGGUGGCCGCGGACGGCGAGAGCCGGGAGGAGAGUCUGAUCCAGGAGUCGGCCUCUAAGGAGCAGUACUACGUGCGCAAGGUGCUGGAGCUGCAGACAGAGCUGAAGCAGCUGCGCAACGUGCUCACCAACACGCAGUCGGAGAGCGAGCGCCUGGCCUCGGUGGCGCAGGAGCUGAAGGAGAUCAACCAGAACGUGGAGAUGCAGCGUGGCCGGCUGCGGGAUGACAUCAAGGAGUACAAGUUCCGGGAGGCCCGCCUACUGCAGGACUGCUCCGAGCUGGAGGAGGAGAACAUCAGCCUGCAGAAGCAGGUGUCUGUGCUCAGGCAGAACCAGGUGGAGUUUGAGGGCCUCAAGCAUGAGAUCAAGCGUCUGGAGGAGGAGACCGAGUACCUUAACAGCCAGCUGGAGGACGCCAUCCGGCUCAAGGAGAUCUCGGAGCGGCAGCUGGAGGAGGCGCUGGAGACGCUGAAGACGGAGCGUGAGCAGAAGAACAGCCUGCGCAAGGAGCUGUCGCACUACAUGAGCAUCAACGACUCGCUGUACACCAGCCACCUGCACGUCUCCCUGGAUGGCCUCAAGCUCAGCGACGACGCCGAGGCCCUGGCCAAUGGUUUCGAGCACGGCACGCUGGCAAAGCUGCCGCUGGACAACAAGACCUCCACGCCCACCAAAGACGGCCUCACCCCGCCGUCCUCCAGCCUCGUGUCUGACCUCCUCAGCGAGCUCAACAUCUCCGAGAUCCAGAAGCUAACGCAGCAGCUGUUGCAGAUGGAGCGGGAGAAGGUGGGCCUGCUGGCGACGCUGCAGGACACGCAGAAGCAGCUGGAGCAGGCGCGGGGGGCCCUGUCGGAACAGCACGAGGAGGUGAGCCGCCUCACGGAGAACCUGAGCGCUCUGCGGCGCCUGCAGGCCGGCAAGGAGCGGCGGGCGGCCCUGGACAGUGAGAAGGAGCACGACAGCCGAGAGGACGGCGACUACUAUGAGGUGGACAUCAACGGGCCCGAGAUUUUGGCCUGCAAGUACCGCGGGGCCUUGGCGGAGGCCAGCGAGCUCCGGGAGCAGCUGAAGGCCCUGCGCAGCGCGCAAGAGGCCAGCGAGGCCCAGCAUGCCGAGGAGAAGGGCCGGCACGAGGCUGAGAGCCAGGCACUCAGUGAGAAAGUCUCCCUGCUGGAGAAGGCCAGCCGCCAGGACCGCGAGCUGCUGGCCCGGCUGCAGACAGAGCUGAAGAAGGUGAGCGACGUUGCAGGCGAGACACAGGGCAGCCUGAGCGCGGCCCAGGACGAGCUGGUGGCCUUCAGCGAGGAGCUGGCCAGCCUCUACCACCACGUCUGCAUGUGCAACAACGAGACGCCCACCCGCGUCGUGCUGGACUACUACCGCGAGGGCCCAGCCGGCCCUGGCCGCUGUAGCCCUGAGGCCCGCGGGCGCCGCUCACCUGUCCUACCCAAGGGGCCGCCAACCACAGAGAGCGGGGCUGGGGACAGCAGCCCCUCACCCGGGUCCUCGCUGCCUUCGCCCCUGAGCGACCCGCGCAGGGAGCCCAUGAAUAUCUACAACCUGAUCGCCAUCAUCCGCGACCAGAUCCGGCACCUGCAGGCGGCCGUGGACCGCACCACGGAGCUGUCGCGGCAGCGCCUGGCCUCGCAGGAGCUGGGCCCCGCCGCGGACAAGGACCGGGAGGCGCUGAUGGGGGAGAUCCUCAAGCUCAAGUCGCUGCUCAGCACCAAGCGGGAGCAGAUCACCACGCUGCGCACCGUGCUCAAGGCCAACAAGCAGACGGCCGAGGUGGCCCUGGCCAACCUGAAGAGCAAGUACGAGAACGAGAAGGCCAUGGUGACCGAGACCAUGAUGAAGCUGCGCAACGAGCUCAAGGCUCUCAAGGAGGACGCGGCCACCUUCUCCUCGCUGCGCGCCAUGUUUGCCACCAGGUGUGACGAGUACAUCACGCAGCUGGAUGAGAUGCAGCGGCAGCUGGCAGCCGCCGAGGACGAGAAGAAGACGCUCAACUCACUGCUGCGCAUGGCGAUCCAGCAGAAGCUGGCGCUGACCCAGCGGCUGGAGUUGCUCGAGCUGGACCACGAGCAGACCCGGCGGGGCCGCACCAAGGCCACCCCCAAGGCCAAGCCCAGCACCCCGAGCGUAAGUCAUACCUGUGCCUGUGCCAGCGACAGGGCCGAGGGCGCAGGGCUGGCUGCCCAGGUGCUCUGCAGCGAGAAGUAUAACAUUUACUGCGAUUAGGGCCGCAGGGCCGCACGCUGCAGCUAACCCGCAGCACGUCACCCGCCCGCUUCACCUCGACUAACCAGCCGCAGCAGGGCCGCGGUGCUAGGCUGCUCUUAACGUGACUAAUGCACGGAGGGCAGGAUCUGGCCGAGGCGGCGUGCGCUCCACCUGGACACUGCGAGCUUUGUGUCUGCUUCCCACCCCUCGGGACCACCCUUCACAGCAGCUCUUCUCUUGGCGGGGGUCAGGGUGGGGUCUGAACUGCUGUUCUUGCGAAAACAUGGCUCCCUGGGGUCUGGGUGUCGUCAGCUCCCACAGGGAGGGGCAGAACCUGAUUUGAAACUUGCAUGUUCCCUGCACGUGUCUGAUGUAGUCGGGCUGCCCCAGCACCAGAGAGAGCGUUCGAGGUUCUGGCCUGAGUCCCAGGCGCAACCUCAGAGGACGCUCUGCGCCUGGCACCGUUUACGGAGAGAAUUACUUUGUGGUUUGUGCAGCAUCUCACUGCAAAUCGUAUUCGGGACACAAAUACAGAAUUCCUUGCCCCAAACCCAGAGAAAGAGCAGCCCUGAGCCUUGCGGUCUCCAGCCCGGGCGCACCCUGAGACCAGAGCUGAGCAGCCUCAGCUUUGUUUUCUGAGACCUGCACACUGCUCUGGUGGCCUGCACAGUGACAGAUCGGCAGGCCCAAGGCCUGGGGUGUUUCCAGUGAGGAAGACAAGUGCCUGGCCGGACCCCUGUCCUCGCAGGAAGCAUGUCCUUUUGUGCUUAGGGUGUCCCCAGCUUGUGGGGGGGGUUUCUCCACCCUCUGCUCAUUAUCAGGCCCUCCUCCAGGGGGCUUCAGACCCCAAGAAAUGGGGCUCUAGAAAUCCCCAGCCUGAGCCUCCAUCGCUCCAGACUCCCACAGCUGUAGCUGAGCCCAGCGCGGUGUGGGAAAGGAGCCUUGCGUGGGCCCAGGGCUGUUUCCAGGAGUCACCGUAGGAGGAAUGUGGUUCUCCUCGGUGUGGUGCCAGGGGUGGUGCAGGCGGAAAGGCAGCCUGGGCCUCUCCUGUCCCCAGAGGCUGCACCCCACCCUGUGCUUGGCCUCAGGCCAUCCGAGGUCACGCGUUUGGAAGCAGGACUUCUCUUGGUAUUUCCCUCCCUGUCACCCCUUGGGUGCCGCCAGGCGUGAGGCUACGGUCCUCUCCCUGAAGGGCUCCUUGCUUCGUCUCUCCGUGGCCCGGGGGGGGGUCUGCGUUGCUCCCUCACACAGCUGUCUGUCCCUGCUCCACUCUUCCUCUUGGUUCCUGAGUGUGUCUCAGUCCCACGAGACUCCAGGCGCCAUACAGACGGCCUUGGGUUUGGCACACCGCUGGCAUGGAGAGAUGUGGGACGGGCCGCGCCUGUCCCUGGCUCCGGGCGGCUUUGCUGAUGGGACGUCGGGUCUUGGAUGGACUCCCCUCCCACUGGAGAAGGGGUCAGGCCAUCCCUCUCUGCAGGCAGGACUUCUGGGGGCACGGCAGCCUGCUGGCACCGCGCGCUGCUUCUGCCCUCCUCACCGAGCCCAGCACGCAGCUUCUCCCUGAACUCGUAAGGGGUCUUCACGAGGCAUUCAGGGCUGGUGGCCCCUAACACACGCAGGUCGUCUCUGCUGCUGACUAACGCGCCCCCGCCCUCACAGCUCAGCGAGAGCUUUAGUGUCUGACGGGGGACCCUGCUAACUGUCUUUUUUUCUCCCGUUUUCAGCUGUAGAGUAGCUGCCGGGAGGACUCAGCUGCCGGCCUGGUCACAGUGCAGCUCCCCCCCCCUCCCAUGGGCCCACGCAGAGGAAGGAAGGGCAGCCUAAAAGUCCACUUAGAAACAUUUUUGGAUGUGCCACUGCAGUUCUUUUCAAAAUAGCACUCCCCAAGUUUAUAAUGGCAGAGGAAAAAAGCUUUAAUGUUGAGAAAGCCGCCAGCUGCUGCUUGGAAAGGCGUUUGUACAAGCGCCGAAGAAGUUACUUGGACAGCGACCGCCAGGCUCGCUUAGGAACCCGCUAGAAACACUCACCACUGGGGUCUCCCUAUUACAGAUACUCGUUUUUUAUCUGAUCAACCUGUGCACUUUUGAUGUUUUGAUAUUAUAUUUGCUUCCUUAAUCCCUCGCAGAGAGAUGGUCUCAGAUGCCGUGGUCUGUCUCGUGGUUCCGUAGCCCUCUGUCUUAGCUCCCAGCGUGUUGAUUCACAUCAGCACCUGGCACAGAUGUGUCACUCUAGGCUGUUUAGAUGAAGUCUUCGACCUGGCAAGGAGCUCGGCUAAACUGUGGUUCUGCAGCCUUUUAGAUAAUACGGCAUUGUGGUUCAUGUUUGAAAUUACAGAUUUUAAAUGCCAUGUUCAUUAAGAAAUCCAGGGUAUUCGAAUUCUGGGGCUUUUCAUAUUGUAUUAUUAUUAUUCUUAGGAAUAGUUCAAUGUAACAAGAAGAAAACUUGACCUUUGCUCUGGUUAAACAGUAACGGGCACUUGAAAACAAAGAUAAAUUAUUGAAAUGAGUAGUAUUACCUACAGAUGCCAGAGUUUUCUGGGUUUUAGGACAUUGUGAAGCAUGACCGAUUAACAGAAUUUUAUACAACUGUACCAGUGAAAUUCCAAAUUGGAAUUGUUUUGUUACUCUGGUUGUUGUGCCAAAUUGUGGUACACUUAGAAAAUUCUACAGUCAUUGAUUUUUAGGGUGUUCUAUUUCAACGCCUUUUUGUUAGUAAUCAUUGCCAGUAGUGCCUUCAUCAGGGAAGUGUCCCAGCGUAGUUCGUUCUCGAAGACAGAGAGUGAAGAGCUAGUUGGGAAUGUUGAAGGCUGGUGUGGAUCAGUUGGUGUGAAUGAGCACACACCUUCACACCUGUACCUGGGCGUCUUCACGGGGGAAGAAAAGAGCAAUUGUGCAAAAUUCUGUUAGUCAGUGAUUCUUCACUGUGCAGCUUCAGGGGCUGAGACGAUGAGCGUGAACACAACCCUUGAAUGUGCUCUGGGAACCAGACGGACUUGAUGGGACAAGCUAAGCAAGCUGUGUGAACAGCACGCCACGUGUGUGAAGAGCAGGGCGGCAGGGAGCCGCUGUCCGCCUCAUGCGCUGGGGUGAGGGCUAGCCAUAGUAUUCUUUGCAAAUGUGAGAAAGAGACGUUAUGUAUUCUCUUGCUUGGUAUAACUAAUCACUGUUCAUUUCAGGAAACGGGAUUCGCUAAAGCUCCUUAGCAAACCAGGUGUGCAUCCUGUCCCAUUUGCUGAGUGAGGCUGUGCGAAUGGUCAAAUUGGUACUCGCAGAGGAAGAAGAAAAAGUGUGUGUCCUCCUCCAAAAUAAAGGUCAAAUUAUAAUAAUAUAAGUAGCAAGAACAAAAGAAUUCUGUUUCCUGGAAUAAGCGCUUCUUAUUCCUAGUUGUAGGGACCCCUAUUUUUAUCUUCUGUUACAGUGUUGAUUUAUAAGAAAUAAUGUUACAGUUACAAUAACUUCAUCUGUAUGGGGUAUUUAUUUGCAAUGAUGUCUGAGUACUGUAUUUUUUUCUGUGCAUUACCUUAGUGUCAGAAUGUUGUCUUUAUUUUAAGAUCAUAUGCAUGUUCUCCUGCCAAGGAACCUCUACACAGACCCAAACAAACAAACAAAAAUGCCUUCAGAUUUUGAGAAAAUGAGGCAGAGAAUGGAAAAGAAUAGGAAGGAGAAAUCAGUUGUCAUUUGGAACACAGACAUGGCGCCAAUGGCUUCAAAGCCAGUGCACGUAGGAACGGUGGGCCUGGGUCCAGGGUCAUGUUGGUAGGACCAAUAAAUAAAAAGUAAUAAAGAGAAA